AUGCCGUACGAAGCCCUGCCACCUGAAGUCUACGCCAUCUGGGAGGCCUAUCCUUGGCGGUUUGGGGAGCCCUUUUGUAUUUUCAAAUCCUUUCUUCUGGAAUCUACGUCAUACGCGUCUGUGUUGACAAUAACUGGGUUUACGAUAGAAAGAUACAUCGCUAUCUGCCAUCCAAUCACGGGACAGAAAGUGUCUCGACAAUCACGUGCUAUGAAAUGCAUACUUUGCAUUUGGAUAGUCUCGGCAUUAUCCGCCCUACCAUACCCCAUCCACACUCGAACGUUUUAUUACAUGCAGGAUCCUCGGACUUCAUCCCCGAUACAAGACUCCCUUCUCUGUAACAUCCCGAUACAGUGGCAUCCUAGAAUGAAAAUAAUGUUUCAGGUGUCAACUUUCGCCUUUUUCUUCCUGCCAAUGACUGUUAUAACCGUUAUGUAUAUAUUGAUAGGGAUUCGGUUACGAAAAACAGAAAUAGGUUCGUCCAUCAGAUAUUUUUCAAAAGGUGCAAAGUCCACAGCAACCCGUGCAAGAAAGGCUGUUCUCCGUAUGCUAGGUAAGUAUAAUCUUAUUUCCUUCUUAAAACAAUAUCAAUUGAUUGAAUGAACUCGAAAAUGAACUACAGUGAACAUAUGUGAAAACAGUUUAA